AGGCUCUUCGGCUACGCGCUCUGUCACCCUCCCCGCCCCCUGUCAGUCAGGCCGAGGGGGCGGCGCGGCCGCCAGGGGGGGCGCUGAGCUCAGAGCUGCCGCAGCGCCGGAGCCGGAGGAACCGGAGCGCGCGAGCUCGCUGGGCGCAAGGAACUAGCAGUGGCUGGCGACGCACCCGAGACCCGGGCACUGCUGCUCCCCUUCUCAGGGCCCGCGACCCGAGCGCCUGACCCCUGCUCUAUCCCCCACCCGACCCCGAGUCCACCCCGGCCCGGCCCAGCGGAGCCCCCAGCGUCCGCUCGCCGAAGCCGCCGCUCCAUCCCCAGCCCCGGCCCCGCAUCCAGGCCGCCAGGAUGGACGUGUUCAUGAAGGGCCUGUCCAUGGCCAAGGAGGGCGUUGUGGCAGCCGCGGAGAAAACCAAGCAGGGGGUCACCGAGGCGGCGGAGAAGACCAAGGAGGGCGUUCUCUACGUCGGAAGCAAGACCCGAGAAGGUGUGGUACAAGGUGUGGCUUCAGUGGCUGAAAAAACCAAGGAACAGGCCUCACAUCUGGGAGGAGCUGUGUUCUCUGGGGCAGGGAAUAUCGCAGCAGCCACAGGCCUGGUGAAGAGGGAGGAAUUCCCUACUGAUUUGAAGCCAGAGGAAGUGGCCCAGGAAGCUGCUGAAGAGCCACUGAUCGAGCCCCUGAUGGAGCCAGAAGGGGAGAGUUAUGAGGACCCACCCCAGGAGGAAUAUCAGGAAUAUGAGCCAGAGGCGUAGGGGCCCACGACAGCCCCCAUCAGCAGCACAAUUCUGUCCCUGUCCCUGCCCCGCCCCCCAGAGCCAGGGCUGUCCUUUGACCCUUUCUCCCCAAUCACGAGAUCUUCCUUCUGCUCUGAGGUAACUCCCUCGGAGCCUGUGUUAGUGUCUGUCCAUCUGUCUGUCCUACCCGCCCGCGUCUAACCCUGGGGCGUGGACAGGGCCGGGGCUGCGGCUGCGGCAGGGAGCCUCGCCCCUCCAGUGUUGCCUCCUCCCGUCCAGCGUCUGCGCGGAUGUAGCAUGUUAUAUGUGUUUUUAAACGAAGAUCCGAAGCGACGGCUCCUCCCCGACCCCCGACAGUGGCUCCCCGAGGGGCCCCUGGGCAGUCCCAGAGCAACCGCCCCACUCCCAUUAACCCCGAGAACCUUUUUUUUUUUAAACCAAAACCAGGAGCCAGGCUGUGCCAUGUCCCCCCACCUCAGCCGGCCCGGUCCCAACGCGGGCGUCUUGUGUUGUGAUUGUGGCAUGGAGAGUCCCCAUUCCCCCGUGUGAGCGUGUCCCGGGCAGGCGGGCCCAGCUGCCCCCCGCAAGUCCAUGAAUAAAGUUAAAUCUCUGUA